AUGUUAAAGCGUGCAGCCCAGCAACAGACGCCGCCUACCCGUGACCUCAGCGCCAGCGGUCUCGAGUUCAUACUGACAGCGUGGCGCUUGGUGUCCUACCUGAAUGUGUUUUCGAAGUUGAGCACACCCCGUGCUCGUGACUUCGCAGCAAAUGCCUUUCAAAUCAAGGCGAUGCAACGCACCGGCCAGAAAGACAUGCUUCCUCCAUGGCAAUUGCCGGACGUGAUUCGGAAGAAGACCGGGGACAAAGCCAAGUACUGGCCACAAGGUUUGUCAGAGCUGCGCAAGGUGAGACUACAGUUCGCAGAAGAUCACAACUUAUGGAAUGGGCUGACGAAGACCUGCGGCCUCAGCCACGUCCAUUUGUUUACACAACAUGGCAACGUGCAUUUUGUCUUUACGCGGCCGAGUGACAGUUCGAAGCUACUCGUGGAUGAUCGAGAGAAGCUGGACUAUAAACUGCCAGAAAGCUUCAAGCAGCUGCUUCAGUUCCGACGGGGUGGCGGUGAGGUGGCAAGGGCCUGCUUCGCAGCCACCGGCACAUCUUGGGCGAAGGACCAUGUUCACAUCGGUGAGCUGAUGGGCUUCAACGACGAUGAAGAAGACAUGUCAAUCCUCGGCACCAGCUUCUGGAUAGAUGAGUGGGAGUAUCCCGCCAUUGGCGUCGCCUGCUGCAUGUGCCCAUCUGGUGGACACGAUCUCAUUUGGCUGGAUCCUAGUCUUAAAUUCACAACAAUCCGGCUCACAUGGCUUUGCGACAUCGGUCUUGGGAAUUCUGGCAUAGGCAGCAGUAGAUUGACAGGCAGGCGCGUUACAUUUAUCAGCAUCUGUCGAACAAGGGGAGCAAAGUGCCUCGGUCAGAAUCUCGAGAGAGCACUCCAAGCCAAACUGAAGUCGAUAGUAAGUGAACAAAUUCCCUAA